UAGAUAUAGGAGGGUCCUUCCUGAGUUGAGCUGCUAGCUGUGUGUGGCUGUUCUCUGCUUCUUCUGCUUCCUGUGCUUCCUCCACUCUGAAAAUAUGGACUAAAGCUACACAGCUUCCUUCGAUUUGGAAAGAUUUGAGCCACAAUGGAGCUAAGUGACCAAGACAGCAGCGCCACAGCCUCCUCUCAAACAGACGGAGAAUUUGAGGGAGAGAUGGAUGAAGAGAUGGACGGAGCGGUGGACGGAGAGGUGGAGGGGGAAGUAGAAAAAAGUGACAAAAACAGGGAGAGUCCAACCCCAAGUCUGUCCAGCUUGUCGUCGUCUCUGCGCGCCGUCAUACGCAUCAAACAGAAGUACCAGGCCAUUAAGAAGCGGCGUCAGGAGAUAGGCCUGGGCUUGGGGUCAGCAGCUGCCCUCGUAGGAUCCGCACCGAGAAGUAGCCCCAAAAUCUUCACCUUUGACGGACUCACCCCCUCCAGCUUGUCGUCCUCCGUCCCUCUGUGGAAUAAGAAGAAAAAGAGGAAACGAGUGUUGUUUCCCAACAGAGGAGGGUGCAGGGCUCCGCCAAAGCCAGCGCAAAGCCGAGCCAAAUACUGCCUUUACCUGCUCUUUGCCAUCGUCUUCAUCCAGGUGUACAACGCCAUAGAGAACCUAGAUGACCAUGUUCUCAGGUAUGACCUGGAGGGGUUGGAGAAGACACUGAGGAGAGAGGUGUUUGGGCAGCAGGGAGCUGUGGAGGGUCUGCUGUCCCACCUGAAGGACUACCUGUCCACCUACGUCCACAACAAGCCCCUGGUGGUGUCCCUGCACGGCCCCAGCGGUGUAGGCAAGAGCCACCUGGGACGCCUCCUGGCCGGACACUUCCGUUCCGUGGUGGGGGAGACGCUGGUGCUGCAGUACUACGUCCUCCACCACUGUCCCCAGGAGGCCGACGCCCUGCAGUGCGCCAGCGACCUCUCCGCUCUCAUCUCGGAGAUGGUUGAACGAGCCGAGGAGGAGGAGAAGAUCCCGCUCUUCAUCUUCGACGAGGCCGAGCACAUGCACGGCGAGAUCCUGGACGCGCUGUGGCAACUCGUGGCCUCCAAACAGUCCAACGAAUACCUGAACGCUAUCUACCUGUUCCUGAGCAAUCUGGGUCAUACACAUAUCACCAAACAUAUGCUACACAACUCCUCGAGUAUUUCUAUGUCAAUGACAGCAUCUGGUCGUCAUAAUAACUUAUUAAAAGAGCUGACUCCAAUAUUACGCAACACUCUGGAGAAGCUUCACCACCUGUGGACAGAGGCCGACAUCUUACCUCUAGGCCUUUUGGAGAAAGGUCAUGUGAUGGAGUGCUUCCUGGAUGAAAUGACUCGAGAGGGUUUCUACCCGGAUCAUACCAACAUAGAGCGCCUCGCAGGGGAGAUUAAAUAUUACCCCGAGGUAGGGGGGCAUGAAUAUUCCCAGACAGGCUGCAAGCAAGUGGUGGCUAAGGUCAACCUGCUGUGAAAUUCUUCGGCAGGAAAUGUUUGGAUGUUUCACAUUCUUUAAACCAUGAAGAAAUAGUGCGUGAGAAGUAAGAGAGGGGUUUAUGGUUACUAAACUUGAAUUACACAACUCGGAGCCAAAGCUUUCAAGAGAGGGUUUUGUAAGAGUGAAAAAACCGAAAAGUCUGUGCACACAAGAAGAUGUUCGGCUCUGCUGUGGGAAAUGGCGUGAAUCCUAUGAAGAGGUUUGAAAUUGUCCACAAACACACACAAACGUUUGUCUUACUGUUGUCGUGGGGACAUCUAAUUGACAUGAUGCAUUCUCUAGCCCCUAACCUUAACCAUCACAACUACACACCUAACCUUAAACUUUACCCUAAGCUAAAUCUACUCUGAACCCUAAAAUCAAGUCUUAACCCUCAAGCAGCCCUUUAAACUUGUGGUGUCCAGCAUUUUGGUCCUCACAAAGCUGGGCAGACAAGUCAAGUGAAUCCCACAAUGUUUAAAGGGUCCGUUCACCCAAAUUCCAAAAAAAACAACAAAUACAUAUUUUCUCAUUUACCCCAUCAAAAAUAAUACAUUUUAAACAUUUACCCUGUUUUUAUGAGGCAUAUUUCUUCAUGAAUCGUCAUGACUUCAGUGAUCCCUUGACUUUUCAUCUAGCGCCAUCAUCUGGUCAAAAUUUCUCUUAGUCCAAUCAUUUGUUUUAUGAUCAAUCACCUGCAAAACUAAAUAGUCUCAACUACACUUAGUGUUCAGUGGUAACUGGCAAAUGUUAGCAUGUAAGAUGUUGAACAUGGUAAACACACCUGCUAAAGAUAGCAUUGUCAUUCUGAGCAUGUUAGCAAGCUGAUUUUAGCAUUUUACUUCACAAGUACAGCCUCAAAUUAAGUUUCAUUAAUCUCCAUUGUGUUGGUGUGGAGGCAGAAAACUCGUAAAUUUUAUGAUUUGGGUCAACUGGACCUUUACCUUUUAAGACCAAGCAACUACUAUAUUAGGGAGUUGAACCACACAUAGUAGGAGAUGCUCAGACAGAUAUUCAUUCAUUUAUAUAAGGAAGUUUAGAUACAUGUAAUGCAUCAGUUACUAACACACAUUUUAGGGUGUUUUGUUUUUGUCAGAAAUGUCAAAAGUGAUGCAGCAUGACUUGUUUUAAUGGUAAUGCCAGUCAAUCUACAAUGCAUACGUCUGUGGAUUUACUUAAAUAUACAGUACAAGAAAUGCAAUAACAUUUAAGUAAUUUAUUCUGAACGUUGGACCUGCAGGUGAAAAAUUGUUGCUAGCUAGUAGCAGCAGUUCGUGGCUUAUUUGGUCAUUAAGCUAGUAGCAAUCUUGCAUACAAGGCUUCUCUUCUCUCUGUUUGAGAAAAUCUGGUCCCUGAAGUUUAUUUAAUAAAGAAAACAUGGCUCUAUUAUGUUCACAUCCAAAGAAAUGUACUUGGCUUAGCAUUAAAACUAAAGAUUGAUGGGAUUUAAUGAGUCAUGAAUAUGUUAAUGUCCUGUUUUCAGUUUAUUUCUAAUAUAAAUAAAGAUAUAGAGAUAUUAAAGACACCA